CGAGCUCGAAAGUCAUAUACAAUCUUCGGGACAAGUUGUCGCUAAUCAACAAGUUGAAAUAGCUGAUCUGCAAUCGCUCUGUCGUAUGUUAAGCAGGGAUUUGGACAAAAGUGUAGCUGCGCAGAAAGCCUUGCUACAACAGCAACAAGAAUUGGAAGCCGAAUCAGCCGAGAUGCAAGAUUUUCUCCAAGAGGAGAAAGCCACAUUGGCGGAGGCGCUCAAAGAUGCCGAAUUGGAGCUCAAGAAAAAAAGCGAAGCCUUAACUCAAAGAGAGACGGAAUUAGAGAGACAAAUGGAGGAGUGUAAACAUUUAGUGCGAAUUAGCGAACAAAGAAGGCAAGAGAAUUUAUCAAUGAGUCUAAAGUUGAAUGCCGUUGAACGAAGAAGUAGGGAACUUUUACUCACUCAAGGCGCUGCUAUGUCCGGAGCGGCUGUAGCUCUUUCCGGACUUAGCACCAGAUUAGAAGGAUUGAUAGAUCAAUUAAUUGCUUCUUAUAACAUCUCAGUAAAAGAUCUUGAAGAUGUUAUAUAUCAUAACGAAGCGUACAGUAGAAGCAACAGUAGCGUGGAGUCUAGUCCGGUUAGCUCUAAGCAGAGUUUAAAAGAACGCACGCCGAGCCCGAAGAGUGGAUCCUUCGUUUCCGCGGUGAUCAGCGCAAUUCGGAACGCCGCGACGCAUCCCUUCGCGGCUAGAAACAUCGAUAAAAAAUCCAGCCUGGAUUCGUCUAAACAGAUUUACAAAGAACUGAGUAUGGAAUCGUCGUCCGACUUGCUCGAUUUUGAAACCGAGCCAUGUUUGAUGAUGGAAAGCGUCCUGGAAGACGUGCCUUUGCCGGACACAUACUCGCAUAACAUGAUAUCGAGCAGCGAUUCUCUACGCAGAGCACUGAGUUUCUCCGAAACGUCGGACGAGCAUAAUCUAAGGAAGACGAAGUACGGCGACGAAUGUACAAGUCUCACGAAUCUCACCCAGGCGAUCCUGCAUCGUCGUAAGGUGGAGGACGAGGGUGACGACGAUUGCGAUUCCGUGAGCGAAUCUGACACCGGGACCAAUGACGGUCCUGUACCUUUGACGGAUUACUGUCCAUCUGUGGAUCUCGUCGAUCAGGUGAUCGAGGUGGACAAUCUCGUUACUAAACUUCUCAAAGUGCUACGAAUCAUACAGCUUGACAACGAUACGUGUAUACAGGAAUUGAAAGAAGAGAAGUCUAACUUGGAGAUAAAAUUAGAAGCCACUGUAACGGAAUUGAACGAGCUUCGCAAGAUCAUCGAUAAUCUUCAUCAAUCACCGGAAGAAGUCCUGAACAACGUGCCGGAUCGACGACGUAGCGUUGUGGAGAAUUGCCGGAUUUUGCUUAAAGAGCCAGGAGCUUAAAGCUAAAGGAGAGAA